AUGACGUGUUCCGUUGGGUUCAAGGAGACGAACUUGCUAAACGAACUCAGAGCGCAGUCAGAAUGUAUUGCCCGCAAAGAAACCCUUCAGGCGACAGGCAUCACCUGUCUAGGUCAGCUAGAUGAGGGUUAUUUUUCAGCAGUGAGGGAUCUGUGCCGGGCCUUGGAGUCACUGAUGGACGAUUCGGGAGAGCCACGUUGGACAGCGGUGCGAUUAGAGGACACCUCAUUAUUAUGGAAGAUCGCUAGCUUUUGCAAACCACAUGCUGGGUUCCUGGAUCCUUGUUUCUUGAGACAGCAGGUCAAAUAUAUCAGCAAUGUUCGGCUCGACCCCUUCGAAGCGUAUGGCGAUGAUAUCUGGGCGCACCCUCAACUUUCAUCUUGGAUUGGGGCCGGAAAGUCUUCCAUCCUCUUGCUGCAGGGCAGCCAUGACUCCAGAGGCCGGUCUGGAAUAUUCGGUGCUGAACUCGCCGAUCAUAUCGCGGACACAAAAAAGCCUGUCGCCUACAUGGUUUACAAGCCAACGUUGCCCGGGAGUUGCCGUCCUCCAUUCCCGAUAGAGGAGGCUGAAGUAUUAAGACACUUAGCGAUCCAAGCGCUACAGACGGUAGCCGAUUGUACUUCAGUCCAGGUGCUGACUGAUCUAGUCGAGUCAUUUAGCCAGGCCAAGACAUGUGCAGAUUGGUUCAAAGUUAUCUGCGAUGUCUUCUAUCUAGUCUCCGAGUUGUAUAUUAUCAUUGACCUUGGGAUUCACGCCAGCUCUGCGGAUGCUGCGAAGACAUGGCCUUCCAAGUUUCACACCAUUUUGGAAGACGUGGAGGCCAUUUCACCAGAGACGAUCAUCCGAGUAAUGAUCAUUUCUUGCCGCCCUCUGGAUGUCCCACAAAACUCGGUCAAUGUCUCAAAAAUUAUCCUUCGGAAACCUAAUGUGCACCCAGACCUUAUACGAAACCGUCACUCAAAACAGGCUAGAAUUCCACCGUCAUUGUGGCAGGCUUAUCAACCCCCUAAACCUCGAGCAACUCAAGUGGAAGCCCCCAAAAGUCAAGAUGAGAGUCCGGUUCUGGUUAAUAAUCAUUCACCAAAUGGUCCGGCAAAUGAAACUGCAGCUCAAAAUAAUCAUAUCGACAUGGGUGUAGCUGGCUCGGUGGCAAAGGACUGCAUAGAAAAACCAGCACAUGCACGCGAGUUUACGAUUGCCAUCUUCUGUGCACUUCCCAUCGAAGCCGACGCCGUCUUAUCACUCUUUGAUGCUCACUGGAAUCAGCAUGACUAUUCCAAAGCACCAGGCGACGACAAUUGUUAUUCCAUUGGGGCGAUUGGACGUCACAACGUUGUUCUCGUGCACAUCCCAAGCAUGGGCAAAAGCAAAGCUGCUACAGCAUCAUCCCAAUGCCGUACGACUUUCACUGGCAUUAAGCUUUCGUUGCUCGUUGGCAUAUGUGGUGGAGUACCAGGUGAACCAGGGAGCGAGGGCGAAAGACUCCUCGGGGACGUGGUGAUAAGCGAAGGCUUGGUUCAGUACGACUUCGGCCGGCAGUAUCCUGGAUUUUUCAAACGGAAAGCUACUGUCCAGGAAAGCUUGUCAAAACUUGAUGCAGCGGUCAGUAGUUUCCUUGCCAGAUUGAAAACGGCCGAGUAUACCGCCUUGCUCUUGAAAAACACACACCACUACUUGGAUGCGUUACAAUCUCAUCCAGACGAAAAAAGACGGUUGCAAUAUACCCACCCAGGCAUCGAAAACGACAGUCUUUACCAACCAUUUUACUUACACAAGCAUCACGAAAAGAGUCAAUGCUCUUCUUGGGAAGAUGAUUGCGGAACACUUGGCGGUGUGUGCGAAGAAGCCAUAGAAUCAAAUUGUGACUCUUUAGGGUGUGAAUACCAUCAACUAAUACAGCGAUGGAGAACCCAAAAUUUUGAAAAGCAGGGCCAAGAACGCAACCUUACCAUCCACAUCGGGAAAUUAGCCUCCGGGGAUAAAGUGAUCAAAUCUGGAGAAGAUCGUGAUAGGGUUGCCCUAGAAGAAAAGAUCAUCGCAUUUGAAAUGGAAGGAGCAGGGCUUUGGGACCAUGGCCCAUGUAUGGUCAUCAAGAGCAUAUGUGACCAUGCGGACUGUCACAAAUCAAAACGGUGGCAAUCCUAUGCCGCAGCGACCGCUGCUGCAUGUACAAAAGGCAUCCUAGAGCAGUGGGGUUGA